AGGUAGUACGUGACGAGUAAAUAGCUGUUAUCAAUCCUUAAGCAACACACUGGGGAUAAUCGAGGCAGCGGAUUGAGGUACCAACCACUAGCUGGCACGCAUGCUGGGCGUUCGCGGGGUCACCAGACGGCCCCACGCCCGCUUUUCUUCGUCAGCCGCCCACGAUGCCCACGUUGCUACACGUGCCCAGAUGGGAAGUCAUUGAGCAGGGCAUGUACGAGAUAUGCGGGCGCGGUGAUAGGAGGAGCACGAGUCCGCAUCGCCCGCGGUUACGCACGGCUGAGCGUCACUGUGAUGUGCUGGCCCGUUUUGGGCCAGUUAUGCAACCCAGUCUGACAGUUAGUGCCUGUUCCCUUGUGAGCAUAGCCGCCGGCAGCUCGGCCUGGCUGACGGCCGGCGCAGCGGCCAGUGGUGGGGCCUCGGACAACUCCGAGGGGCACCAAGUAGGCCCGUCCUGCCGGUGUUCGGCAUCUGCUGUGGUGCUGGUGGGCGACCGACCACCCACCGAGCUCAUGUAACGUCUUAAGCUGCUGGCCUCGCCUUCGUCUCCUCAACCAUCAUGACCAGCAUGACGACCCAGUACCCCGCGCGGACGAUGGAGGAGUGUAAGUUACUUUCGGUGCGGCGCUGACGGCAGGCGACGCGAUCCUGACGGCGCCCGGCGCUGUCGGAGAGGUCGAGGAGGUGAUGG